CUCCCCCAAGACGCGAUAUAAGCUGCGUCGACCUACGCGGCUACGCCUACCCCUUCGAGCUCCAAUCCUCUCCCCUCCUCUCCGCUCUUCCCUUUCGGCAAUGGUGGCCGUACGGAGAGGCCUCCAUCUUUUCUUCACCCCCUCUUUGGAAACCGUCAGAUCCGCUGUCUUGAUGAGCUCUCUUAAUUCACAAUCGAGAGGAGGGCACGAUCCCGGAAGAUUUCGGCGGGGAUUCAGUGGGACGGUGGCGUCCGAGGUAGGAACUAAUAGUCAGCCAUGCAAUCUUGACGGGGUGAAGGCUGAGGAUGAGAUUGAGAACAUCCGGCAUGAGUUCGAGGAGGCCAAACGGAGUUUUCUCAAGAUUCCUGUGGCGAUAAAGGAGAUGCCCAAAAUGAAUCCCAAAGGUAUCUAUGUCAAUAAGAAUCUUAGGCUGGACAAUAUACAAGUCUAUGGUUUUGAUUAUGACUAUACAUUGGCUCAUUACUCUGAAAAUCUACAGAGUUUGGUCUAUGACCUUGCAAAAAAGCACCUUGUUAAUGAGCUUAAGUAUCCAGAAAGUUGCUUGCAGUUUGAGUAUGAUCCUACAUUUCCUAUCAGAGGUCUGUACUAUGAUAGGUUGAAAGGGUGCCUUCUGAAACUUGAUUUUUUUGGGUCCAUAGAGACAGAUGGAUGCUUCUUUGGACGUCGCAAGCUUAGCUUGGAGAAAAUAAAAGAGAUAUACGGCACCCGACAUAUUGGGCGAGAUCAAGCGCGUAGGCUUGUUGGUUUGAUGGACUUCUUUUGCUUUAGCGAGGCAUGCCUUAUUGCUGAUAUUGUGCAGCAUUUUGUAGAUGCCAAGCUGGACUUUGAUUUUUCCUAUGUGUAUGAAGAUGUAAACCAUGCGAUUCAGCAUGUUCAUAGAAGUGGUUUGGCUCAUAAAGAAAUUAUUGCUGAUCCACACAAGUACCUAGUUAAAAAUAGCCAACUGUUAUGUUUUCUAAAGAUGUUAAAGCAGAAGGGAAAGAAACUCUUCCUGCUAACCAAUUCUCCAUAUUAUUUUGUGGAUGGCGGAAUGCGUUUCAUGUUAGAGGUGCCUUCGAAACACAGAUUGAAUAUUCCAGCAGAUCAUGGUGGUGACAGAAACUCAUGGAGGGAGAUUUUCGAUGUUGUGAUUGCUCAAGCUAAUAAGCCAAGCUUCUACAAUUCUGAUCACCCAUUCCGGUGCUAUGACAUUGAGAAAGACACCUUAGCUUUUACUGCAGUUGAUAGGUUUAUCCCAAACCAAGUUUACUAUCAUGGUUGCUUGAAGUCAUUUCUACAUAUUACAAAGUGGAAAGGCCCUGAGGUUAUAUAUUUUGGUGAUCAUUUGUUCAGUGACUUAAGAGGACCUUCGAAAGCUGGCUGGCGAACUGCUGCUAUCAUUCAUGAACUUGAGAGUGAAAUAGAGAUCCAAAAUGAUGAAAGCUAUCGGUUUCAGCAGGCGAAAUUUCACAUAAUACAAGAAUUACUUGGUAAAGUUCAUGCAACAGUGGUUAGCAGUAAGAGAGGGCAAGCUUGCCGAGCACUAUUGGAUGAAUUAAAUGAGCAAAGGCGACAAUGUCGUUCUGCAAUGCGCAGCAUGUUUAAUAGUUCUUUCGGGGCAACCUUCCUCACAGACACUGGUCGGGAAUCAGCAUUUUCUUAUCAUAUACACCAGUAUGCAGAUGUCUACACAAGUAAGCCUGAGAAUUUCAUGUUGUACCCUCCCGAGGCAUGGCUUCAUGUGCCCUAUGAUAUAAAGAUCAUGCCACAUCAUGUGAAGGUACCAUCGAGCUUGUUUAAGAUCUGGUAGGAGUGGAUGUCGAUAUAAUCUGGAGCAGAAUUGAUUCAUGAUACAAGAUUCUGAUAGGUUAAUUUCAGCAAUCUCAACUGGGUGCACUCAUCGUAUGAAUGGGGAAUUUGCAGUUCAUUUUCUUGGGGUCUCUUUGUAUGUUGGAUGAGAAAAUUUUCUCAAUUGUAAAUUUGUAGCGAUCAGUUCUCUUCUUGGGGCUUGUUUGGAUGCCCAGCUAAAUUGUUCGCUGAGGAUACCUCAUAUUGGCCAGGGAUCAUUAUUUUCUCAUGGGAGAAAUUUUGGCCCCAGCAGAGUCCAUCAGAAAUCGGGAUACUGGAAGUCAUCUAUUAGGAGGAUUCCGAUAUCCAUUUUUUUUUUUCUGGAAUCCUAUGAUCGGCUAGGUCCCUGGGUUUGUUAAAAUUCUCAGUCCAUGAGAAAUCAGGGUACUGGACGUCCAUCUCUUGGAAGAAAUACAAUAUCCCUUUUUUUUUUUGGGUGGUGGGAACGGGGGUGUGGGGGGAUCCUAUGAUCUGCUAAAUCCCUGGAUUUGUUAAUUUCACCACCAUCACAGGAUUCUCUGUUUCUUAACAUCGGUUUUUGUUCCAAAAAUAAGUGGUUCGGGCAUCCAAACAGGCCCUUAAAAGCUCAUGUUUAUAUCUGUUUAGUAACCAUACCCUUGUGAGUUUGCAGUUAGAAUUUGGCUGGAACUAUGUAUUAUUUCCAUUUAUGAGAAAAAGGUCAAAACUUUGUAACUUAAUUUGAUUAGAUUCGACUCCUAUAGAGUAUGUUUGGUUUCCUGGAAAAGG